GGAAACUAGAACGGUGUUUGUUUUGUGUUGUUCUCCAAAGUAACAAAACAAAGAUUAAGGAAUUAUUUCUAAUAAAUAUUUUGAAAAACUUUGAACUUAAAAUAAAUAUCUGCAUGUAGGCGCAGUGAGUAAGACGAAUUGCUGUAUAAUUGUAUAGUUGUAGUCGGUUGGUUUGUUGGUUAGCAGUUAGCUUGGUUAGCUUGGUUUGAAUUUCGUGCGUAACGUCUGUUGGGUUUAAAAACCGGAGAGUCACAUUUAAACUGAUCAGGAAGAUCCAGACCGCAUCUCAUCACACUCAUGUAACCAAACCAACAGCAGCUCACAGACACCCAGACUGUAACUUGGGGGAACAUUAACCGAGGAACUGUUAGCUCAUCAACUGUGAUGAAACAUCAGAGUCUUACAACAUUCACACAAUCUAAAUCUCAAGAUCCGAAACUGGACAAAGACGGGCACAAGAAAGCAGCACUUAAAAGACAUCAAUCCUGUGAUUAUAUUAAUAAGAAGCCCCUUGCUGGGCGGAUAUUUUAUUUGGAUUUACCAUCUAAUAAAAGAAGUCAGAAUUUAGAAAAUGACAUCAAGAGCCUUGGUGGGACAGUGGAAAAGUUCUUCAGUAAGGAGAUUGGAUACUUGGUGUCCAGUAAGCCUGAAGCUCGCCAUGUGCAGCGACUCGUUCAUAUGGACUCUCCGGUGCCAAGUCCAGAUUCAGGCCUCAGCUCCCCCCACCCGGGAAGCCGGAGGGACAGUCCUGGAUAUAGAGGAAGCUCCCAAGGAACUGCUGACACUGUCAUUGUAAGCAGAGGGAAAUCUCUAGUAGAAAAAGUCGUAAAGGAAAAAGAGCGUAUCCAGAUGAACAGGUUCCUGGCCAAUGCACUUGAAUGGGGUGUGAAGAUUCUCUACAUAGAUGACAUCAUUUCUUACAUUGAUAAGAAGAAAAGCAUUCUCGCCAAGUUCCGAACUGCCACACACGCAGCGAAGAAAACUACAAAACCUGAGCCUUCAGAGAGGACAACUUCUCAGAAAUGUAAAGCGGGUCGGAUCUGUCACCCCUUUAUUAAAGUGGAGGACGCGAGCAGGCACUACCGUCCAUUCCACCUACAACUGGCUAACAUGCCUGUGUGUAACCUCAGAUCUGCUGCCCCCUGCAGUCCAUUCCUGCUAGAGGAAAAUAUUAAAAAUCAGCCUGAAAAGAAACCAAAAGCACAUGGGUCUGGGGGAGAUCGGGGAGAGAAAGGUAGAAAAGACAAAAGAAAAGGCCAUGAAGGAAAGCAACGAAGGAAAGGGGGCUACUGUGAAUGCUGUAUUGUCAAAUAUGACAGUCUUAAAGCUCACCUGCAGAGUGAGCAGCAUCAGGCGUUCUCCAAAAGUGAUGAAUACCUGGUGGUGGACAGAGUAAUCUCAGGACUCUCUUGUGACUUUGUCCACAUCAGCCCACAAAUUAAAAGGGUAAAGUGCAGCAUCUCUUCUCCGGUUCUUGUCCCUGGAGCCGUUAUAGGAAAGGACGAAGCAGAUAGAGAUCUGGAAGUUGAGGAGGACGAGGUAACUGACGCGUUUCCAUUCUGGGGCUCUCACAACACUGAGCGAUCAGUUCGGAAGCGCUGCAGAGAGCAGUCCCAAAAUGCAAAAGAAGACUCGCCAGAACAUUUGGACACACUUCAAAAAUCGCAGUCCAAGCGUGGGUCUUUUGAAUGGGAAUCCACGUCUGAUAAUACUUUACAGAAAGCUUCGGGUGAAUUAUUGCUUAACAACAGUCAAAAGAGGACAAGGAGACCACAGCAGCGUCAUUUAGAAUCGCGGACUUCACCAAGUGCUGAGGAUGUAAGGACUUUAGAACCCACAGCUGCUGGGUUCAGAGCUCUGGGUGCACGGACCAGUGGGGAAACGUGUGUGGUGUCAGAGCAUUCAUUCAUUUCAGACUAUCAGGCACCACACAAAUUUGGUACUACAGAUCGUUUACAGAAGUUGACUCUCAGUUCAGGUCCUGCACUUGUCAGAACUGAGCCAGCUGACAUAAACCAUGCACAGGAAAGGUCACUGUCCAGUAAAGAACAUGACCUAACCACUAUGGACAAUUCUUCUGGAACUUUACAAAGAAAAGUGCGGAGCCUAAGGCGUCGACGGGCCUCUUCAGUUGUGGUUGGUUUUUCUUGUAAACAAACAGAAUCAUUGACCCCUCAGUCCCAUGGGAAGUGUUCAGAGUUGCCAAGUCUAUCAGCCUCAGCCCUGGAUUUGUGGCAGCUCUUUCAGUCCAGUGACGGCAUGGAGGAGGAGUUUAAAGGAUUCUAUGAAUAAUAAAAGACAUUGGAUUAAAUAACAUCAGCUAAUUAAGUGAAUAUAAAAAAAGAUAUAAAGUGUCUAAAUAGAAGACCUGUCAUGUACAGAGACUGGCCCAUGAAAACCAUAAAAAGUUAAUUUAAAAAGCAGAAAGAAAAUAUUAUUAAAACAUUUGUAAAAACAUAUGAGAUAACACAUCUAUGUAAAAUCAAGACUGUGUAGUUAAUAUGAAAUGUAUUUGGAAGGAGUUUGGUCCCUGCAAAUGUAUUUGGGGGAUUUUACAAUUUCCAUCAUUAAAACCCGAUUAUAAGCAUUUUGUUGAACAUUUUAUUAAUAAUGUGAGGAAACAAAGUGGAAACAUUUGGGAGUCAUUUUUUGGGAGUUGAACAUGUCGCCUCUUUGCAGUAUAUUUGAUGCAUUUGGUUUGUUUUCAACUUUAUUGCUGAGCUUUUACAAGCAAAAUAAAUUUUUUU